AUGUAUACGCCGUCGACAUAUUUCCUAUUCACUUCAUUGGUGGCAACUCUGCCAACCGUGGUGUCACCAGCCCCGACUCCAGACCCAGAAGCACAGAAGCUGGCCGACCCGAAAUACGGUCCUAUCCCGGGUCAGUCAAGACUCUACAGCGACUACCGUGGCAAAGCGGCUCCAUUCCCAGGCAAUAUUACUUCACCGAUCCUCCCCACUGAGUCAGGCGACCCAGACACCGACGACCAGGUUUGGCAGAAUCUCUUAGCUGCUGAGUGGGCGAUCUUCAACUUCUACCAGCAAGGAGUUGAGGCUUUCAACACCUCAUCCUUUGUCAAGGCCGGCUUCCUCAACACCACAUAUGACCGCAUUGCGGAAAUCCGCGACAACGAGGCAGGACAUUUGAGAAUCUUCCAGAACGAGAUCUCGAAUAAGAGCGUAAAGCCAGGCGCUUGCAAAUACGAGUACCCGUUCGAGGACCCCACCAGCUACUUAGCAUUGACCACCUUUCUUGAGGUCGCGAGCAUGGCGUUCUUGACUGGUUUGGUCCAAGAACCCAAGAGUGAGGCUGCGCGAGGGGCUAUGGUGGCCAUCGCAACUGUCGAGUCGAGACAUGAGACGUGGUCGUUGGCGGACGUUUGGGGCGCGAAUCCAUUCUCGGGACCAAGCGAUACGGUCUUUCCAUAUGCGAACCAGAUCUUGGACAUGACCAACGUUUUCAUUAUUCCCGGAAGCUGUCCUCCCGAGAACCCCCAAUAUCCAAACCCCAACCAACACCUCCCGCCUCUUUCUGCUGCUUCAGGCACUAAGUCUAUUGCUCCUGGUGCCGAAGUCUCCUUCAACUUCACCAGACCGACGGAUCAACCCAAGUUCAACGAUACCAAAUCGUACUUUGCGGUAUUCUUCCACGCUGUCGGUAAUGUCAGUGUGCCAAUCGACGUUUCCAACUGGAAGACUGGAGAUUUGGUGAAUGUCACUAUCCCAGCGGACUUUGGGGAGAAGGGCGUUAUCAUCACCGUCGUGGCAGACGAACCAGGUGCACCUGAGUUGGAAACUGUUGUUGCUGGCCCAAGCAUUUUGCUGCAGCAGCCUACUCCAAUCGGAUUGCUGUUGGCUUAA